CUGAUCUCUGAUUAGUUCGCGCAGAUCUGGGCAGCAGCAGAACCGGAACCAGAAUCAGUGACCGACGAAGAUCGGUUGAAAGUUAACCUCAACAGGCCGGCGAUGCUGUGAAGGCGUUGCCAUGGAGACAGCAGAGCAGGACACCGAGGACUCCCCUCUGAAAUCGGCAGGAGACGGGCCGGAGGCGGCCGCGGCCGCGGCGCAGCUGCAGCAGAAGAGCUGCAAGGUGGGAUUGUCCAGGAUGAGCCACUGGAGGACGGCGGUGUUCUUCCUCUCGCUCUUCCUCUGCCUCACCGUCGUCUUCGCCUUCUCCUUCGUCAUCCCCUGCCCAGAGCGGCCGCAGUACCACCUGAACUGGAGCCGAGACUUCUCCGACGCAGUGACCUACAACUUCCUGGCUGUUGAACACGCCAACAGCGACAAGGUGAUGGACGUCCUGAUCGUCAUCAGAAGCCCAGAAAGUUCUCCAAACAAGUCGUGUUCUGACGCAGGCCUGACUUCGCCGUGUCUGUUCCUGCUGGCGCUGGACGGGACCAAAGGAGAGACGCUGUGGGAGCGGCCGCUGGGGGGCGAGCUGCACUGGGCCCAGUGCGGCCUGCAGACUGGGACCAGUUCAUCCUGGCACUGCCUGCUGUCCCAUUCUGACAACCUGACCGCCGUCAACAAACACAACGGUGUGGUGUCCUGGCAGCAGCCUCGGCCCUCGGUUCUGUCCGUCUCCCUGCCCGUCCUCAGUGUCCCGGAUCUGGACGGGGACCAGGUUGGCGACGUGGUUCUGCUGCUGCUGAACGGCACACAGACGCAGCUGGUGCUGCUCUCUGGGCAGAAGGGGGAUCGGAUCGGGUCGGAGGUCACCAUCGACGGCGGCGCCACGCAGAGCCACCUGCUGCACCGCACCAUGGGAGGAUCGUACUACAUGCUGCUGCAGAGAGCCUCCGGCGUGUUCGGGAUGCCUCUCUGGGACAUCGCAGCCAGAGCCAAACCGGGUCUGGGUCAGGAUCUGAAGCGGGACAAACACUUGGAGAAAACGGCCAGCGACGCAACGGGCCUCGUGCCCAUCUACCUAUCGGAGGCUAGACGUUUGUUGAGGACCAAAGACUGGGACGAUUCCUCUGACCUGCUGGUUGUUUCUCAAAGAGAGGUGGCGCUAGUGGACGGACUUUCCUUGAAGAGACGAUGGAGAUUCAACGCCAGCUCCACCGGGGGCUUUCCGUCCUUCGGUCACUUCAACAGAGACGAAGUUCUUGAUCUUGUGGUUGAAGUUGAAGAUGAUGAUGUUAGAAACUCCACCAAGGUCUGCAUCUUGGACGGAGGGACCGGCAGUCUGCUGUGGGCGGAGCAGCUGCAGCCCGGCGCCGGCCCGGCCCGACUCGACGCCGUCCACACCACCAACUCGGUGUCAGUCUUUAUGUUCUGGGGCCUGAUUCGGUCCGGGUCCAACUCAUCGGAGUCGUCUGGCGGUUCCCCGCGCUCCUACAUGCUGCACCCGCUCUACCCCAACGUCCUGCUGGAGCUCAGCCACGGCGUGGAGCGCAUCGUCGCCUUCAGAGCCACUCUGAUGGAGCGCGGUCGCCACGCCGCCUACUUCCUGCUGACAGGGCCGGAGGAGGGCGAGGCGGGCGGCGCCGUGGUUCUCACCAAGAGGAAGCUGAAGCAGGACGUCCCAAUAAGCAGCGUCCGCCACAUCGGGACCAGCCAGCAGACGCCCAGCGACGGCGAAGUCCGGGAAGCAUUCAACCGACUGCGCUUCAGCAGCGACUGGUGAAACAUGGCCGCCGACUGGUCAAACAUGGCCGCCAACUGGUCAAACAUGGCCGCCGACUGGUCAAACAUGGCCGCCAACUGGUCAAACAUGGCCGCCAUGCUGCGACUGUUCCUCAUUACAAAACCAAAGCUCUUACUUUUUCACAAGCCAAAGAAAGUCCUUCCUGCUUUACUUUAACUGGAAAGAUUCUUCCUGACACCUGGACAGGUGAAGAUGAGGUUACUAUGACAACGCAUGACAGCCACUAGAGAUUGAAAAAAAAUUAUUAGACCAGAAAUUUUGAAGAAAGUACUUGGAAAUUUCUGAGUUUGAAACGUUAAAAAUAUGCUGGAAAACAUUACAUUACAUCUUUAAGUCUCCAUUUGACAGAAAAAAGGAACAAAUUUCUGAGAUUAACUUUAGAAAUGUUCUAGAAAGAAAGUUGGAAAUGUCUGAAUUUGAAUAAUCAAAAUGUUUCUGCAGAAAACUCAAAUCUGAACAUUUCUAAGUUUCAAAAGUGAAACAUUUUUCACUUUUUAAACUUAUAAAUGUCUGAAAUUAAACUUUUUAGCUUUUUAGAAAAUGUCACUUUUUCAGCUAAAAUCUUCAAGUUUUUUUUCUAGAAAAUUUCUGAGAUUAAUCCAGAAGUUUGAGGGGUUUUUCUCGAUGUUCCUUUUUUUCCCGUCCAUUCUGUGGUGAUGUGGCCGUUUAUCAGCAUCCAAUCAGAUGCGGCCGUUUGUCAGCGUCCAAUCAGAACUCUUGAAAACUGCUGCUGCGUUCAGGAACCUGCUGAAACUGGACGGUGCAUUUACUGCACCAGAUCUGAUCGAAGCUGGACGGUUUUCACGUUUAAGCAUCUUUGUGUCGUGUUUUGGUUUUAACCGCUGAAGCCUUAAAGGAAACAUUUUUGCGACACAGCAGGAAAUGGAGCGACUGGUUCUGGUUCAGAACAGAACCAAACCAACACUAACAAAUACUUACUGUUGUGGAUUUGCUGUCAGUUUAGAUAUAAAUGUUUUGUGUUGAAUCCAAGAUGCUGGAAGUUUUCAAAUGUGCAGGACUGGAGCUGAAACUGCAUGAAUCAUUUAUGGAACAUAACUCUGUGGUUCUUUGGAUCUGCUUCUUGUUUCCUCCUCAUAACGAGCAAAAACAGAAACUCUCUCUUGGUUGUAGAUUUUCUUGCUUUAAUAUAUUAAAACGUUUGGAGUUGACAUUUUAUUUGAUGAAAUGUUUGGAUUAAAUAAAUUACUUUUUAAAAUAAAGACUUUAGUUUGGAACGUGGAAA